AUUGGUGACACAUUAUCCUCUGUGUGUGUGUGAGAGAGAGAGAGAUUUUGGUGACGAAUUUGUUCUUCCUCCUCGUGUGAAACCGAGAGGAGAGAAGAGGGCGAGAAGUGAGGAUUGAGGUAGAGUUUGUAGGAGAGGGAAAUGGAGAAAGCUCUAACAAAAGUCGGGAGCUUUUGGAUUUCCAAGAAAGCCAAGGAAGAGAUCUCCAACAUCUCUGAAGACCUCUCAUCUUUUUCAAAUACCAUUGAAGAGAAGGCCAAAUGGAUAUUCAACAAGCUAAAAGGUAAGCCAUUGAAAGACUUGCCAGAUCUCCUCCGAGAGUACAACCUUCCACCUGGGCUAUUCCCACGGAACAUAACAUGUUAUGAAUUUGAUCAAUUAAAGGCCAAGCUCAUAGUGUAUUUUCCCUCUGCCUGUGAGGUUACCUUCAAGGAUUCAUCUGUUGUUCGGUAUGCCACUCGUGUUAAAGGAACAUUGUCAAGGGGAAAGCUCACUGGAAUAGAAGGAAUGAAGACAAAGGUUCUGGUGUGGGUCAAGGUUACAAGUGUAACGGUCGAAAGCUAUAAAUCUGACAAAGUGUUGUUCACAGCUGGUGUGAAGAAAUCAAGGGCCAAAGAUGCCUAUGAAAUGCCUAGCAAUGCCAUUAAAGUAGAAGAAUUUUGAGGUUGUUACUGUAAAUCUCUGAACUGAAGUAAGCUGUGCUAGUGCAUGAAUCUCUUCAUCAGUACAUUCAUUGUUACCUGUAUAAAUAAAAUAAAAUAAAAAGAGAAGCUUAUCCCUUGUUCCA